CAAAUUCACUGAAGCGAGCGAGAAGCCGAUGGCUUGAACUGUAAAUUCAGAGACAAGAUGCCAAUGCACGUCUGAUCAACGUGCUCAAUGCGCACUCUGACCCAGCCUACAACGAACGAACUAAUCAGAAUCAGUUUAGUAGCAACUUGAUUCCGGUGGAGCGCCAAUUCAAUAAGCACCGCCCGAAACAAGAGCGGCUGCGGCUAAUUUUGAUUCCAGCUGAUUUUAGGUAGACCUUCCUCCUGGUUCCAGAGCUUGGGUGUGGCGCAAUCAUGGCGGAACAUGGCCUCGCCUCCCCAACGACACAUCUUAAAAAUAUUCUGACAGGAUUUCCUGCUCUCCCUCCAACUCCAACUCUCCAUAUAUAUCAGCCUCCCGUCCGUAAGCAGAGCAGAGCACCACCCACCUCCAAUCCAAUGGCCUCCUCCUCCUCCUCCACUUGUGGCAGAGCCCAGCUGGCCAUCGGCCUCCUCCUCGCCGUCGCGCUGGGCAAUGCGGCCCUCGUCGCCGUCGUGGACGCCGGGUACCCCCGCGGCGGCGGGGGGGACUACCGGGCGCAGUUCCUGUUCCAGCAGAACGCGGCGCGGGCGGCGAUGGGGCUGCCGGCGCUGAGGUGGGACGAGCGGGUGGCGGCGUACGCGCGGUCGUACGCCGAGUCGCGGCGCGGGGACUGCGCGCUGGUGCACUCGCCGGGGCCCUACGGCGAGAACCUCUUCUGGGGCAGCGGCACCGGCUGGGCGCCCGCGCAGGCCGUCGGCGCGUGGCUGGCGGAGCGGCCGCGCUACGACUACUGGAGCAACCGCUGCACCGGCGGCAUGUGCGGCCACUACACGCAGAUCGUGUGGCGCGGCACCGCCCGCGUCGGCUGCGCCAUGGUCGACUGCUACAAUGGCCGCGGCACCUUCAUCACCUGCAACUACGACCCGCCCGGCAACUACGUCGGCAUGCGCCCCUACUGAUGAUCACCGAUGACCCGCCCGCUAGCGCCGUCGUCGCGCGUUUGUUGCCGCCGCCCCGUCUCGUCGGUCUUCGUCGCAGCUCCGUCGCCGGCAGGCACGUAGGGCGACACGGCGCGGCCUAGUACGACUACGAUCUUGCUGUCUCAUUCAUUGUUGCUCAUCGAGAGUUGAAGACGAAUCGAUGGAGAUGCCACGAGUGUACAAAGUAUUUUUUUUUUUACUGCUACUGCAUUUCAAUUUUCCUUGGCAAAGUGUAUACUCCUGUCGAGGUUACGAAACAUAAUCUGAAUUCUGAAAUGAACCGUGAGCUGCACAUUUGGCUGCUCUGUCAAGUAAAA